CCUAAUACCAUGGCGGAAUCUGGUACAGACUAUAUGUGUAACAAACAUGGACUUCUCAAAAUGUUUGUGAUUAUUUUUGGAAUAAUCAGCUUCUCACUUGUUGCUUCGUCUGGUUUCCGAGGUCCGCUUGGGUGGCCUUUUGCUGCUUUUCUGAUUUCGUGGAUAAUAUCGCUCACUAUUUACAUCACCAUGACGUGCGUGGAUGAUAUUGGAAGUCUUCUCAGGAAAGAUGACUUCUGUUGUUCGCUUAUACUAUUUACGUUCUGCAUGUCUGCUACUAUGUUGCUUUCUGUCUAUACUUGUGCGAAAGGUCCUGAUUGCGGAGAAAGAAACGCAGCAAUUUUGUUCGGAUUCGUAACUGCCGGGUUGUACUUUGUAGAAAUAUACAUGCAUAAAAAAAAUUCUCCGAAGCCUAAAUAUAUGGCAACAGGUGGUGUUUUCGUCCUCGGUAUUGUUACGUUUUCUCUUUUGGCUAAUGGAGGCUAUCAAUGCGAAUCAUCCCAGGCAUGUACGUCGGGUCGAACUUUUGCCUUGGUGGCUUAUAUUAUUUGUUGGAGUGUUUCUACAAUUUUCACAGUUCUGCAAAUUUAUUUCAAAUACGAUGAUGAUGAGAACGAAGACCUUAAUGCUGCAGAAUAUCACUGGUCGAGCUUCGCCUUCAUCUUUUGUCUUAUUGCCUCCAUUGUUUUAGCUUGUUACCUCGAGAGUGACACCACGAGUUGGAGUGGGUCGAGAAGAGUAACUGCGGAUGUAUUCGGAUUUAUUACUUCCACAGCUUAUUUAGUACAAGCAGUUUUACUGAAACGAAGUAACGAAAAUGUUGGAGACUAACUGGGCACAGCAAAGAAACGUUCAAUAUAUGGAAUAACAGUGGCCAAACUGUUGUUUGUUUAUAUUCUACAAUCUAUAGUACACAUAAAUGAUUUGAAAUAUUGUAUAAUUUAGUAGUGUCUUAUAAUAUUAGUUUUAAUAAU